UGGUUCCUUUAUGUUUUAUUUAAUGUCAAUACACAAUAGGGCUUGUUAUUCUACCUUCCCAAACUGACACCCGAUACCUUCCCGCCAUAGUUUGUGACAGCCGUUCAGUAGGUCGUUCGCAAGGUUGCUACAGUACCCACACACUUCAAGUGUCAACAGAAUCCUUGAAUCGAUCAGUUUAGAAAACCAGAGGCAGCUAUGGCGGCGCAGCCUGUUACCGCACAGCCCGGUGGUGGCCAGCAGUGGAUGGCGGCUCCUGGAGCUAUCCCAGGAUGCCCCCCUGGUCUGGAGUACCUGACGCAGAUUGACCAGCUGCUGGUCCAUCAGCAAGUGGAGCUGUUCGAGGCCUUCACUGGCAUUGAGAUGAACAACAAAUACAAGAUCAAGAACAGCCUUGGUCAGCAGGUCUACUUUGCCUACGAGGAGACUGACAUCUGCAUGCGGAUCAUGUGUGGAAACCAACGGUCAUUCACCAUCCAUGUCACAGACAACAACCAACAGGAGGUGAUGCGUGUCCGCCGUGAUUUUAAGUGCUGUGCAGGCUGCUGUUGGUGUGCUGGCUGCUGUGACUGCUGUGCCUUCGAGGUGUACGUGGAGGCUCCUGUUGGACAGCAGAUCGGCAUCGUGCGCCAGAUGGGAUCAGGGUGGAAGGCGCACUACAGUGUGAUGAAUGGUCAGCGAGACGAGAUCUUCAAGAUCUGGGGCCCCUGCUGUGCCUGGUCCGGCCCGUGCUGCAUGUGUGAUGUGGACUUUGAUAUCUUGGGGACGGAUGGAACCACCAAAGUUGGGGCCGUGACCCGUCAGUACGCAGGCUUUGUCCAGGAGUGUUUCACCAAGGCCAGCAACUUCAGUAUGACCUUCCCCCAGGACUUGGAUGUGAAGAUGAAGGCCACAUUGUUUGGGGCAGCCAUGCUCAUUGAUUUCAUGUUCUUCGAAUACAAUGGGGACAGCAAUUGAACGGUGAACAACCAGCGCACGAAACUGAAGUGGUGUCAACCAUGAAAGAACAUUACAAACAUCUCCAGGGACCUAGCGUCAUAGAGAAAGAAGAAUACAAUGUUGGCUCCCUACAUGAGCUUUCUGGUAUGAACUGAUAGUUAGACAAUCUUUUGCUAUAGUUCUACAACAUAAUGUACUUUUAAUCAGGUUGAAAACAUGGACCCAUUGGAACGUUUGAUUUCGCAUUGAAUGGCACGAUGGUUGAGUUCUAACUAAAGUUCCUUUGUUAUACUAAGGAGGAAUACGUUGUUCAAGUUUUUGUUUCCGUUUUGUCUUUGCUACACAAAGUGUGCCCACACUAUAUAAAUACAUGUACAUGUAUUGCGAUGUUUAGUAGCAGCUUGCUUUCGUUGAAACGUUACAAAAGUGAUGAUGAUGGCAUCUAUUUUGACAGUUGCUAGUAUCAAUUAAUCAUUUGUAUUUCAUCAUUGUAAUCAAGUUAUAGUGUGUUGACUGCUGAGAGUAUUGAUUUUUUUAAUGUUUCCCCGAGAUGCUUUGUACAAGAACGCGUAUGUGGCAACUGUAUCGCUAAAGUUACGGUGGCGUCGGAAUGCGAUCGAAUUUGGCAUGUAAUUUAGCUGAGUUAAAUAAUCUCGCAUGGCCAUUUCUUUCAAGGCGAUUGAUUUUCAAGUACAAUGUAUCCUUUUUUGACACUGUUGAUGUGUAUUCGCUGUAAUCUACCAAUGAACAGGCGUUUUGCUGUAAUU